AUGGCGAAAAGAGUUUGUAGAGAGGACAGAAUAUCAGAAUUACCUGUGCAUAUUAUUCAUCAAAUGUUAUGCCGCACUAACCUCGAAGUGAAAGAGGCGGCCAGAAGUUGUAUCUUGUCCAAGAGAUGGUACUAUUGUUGGUCUUCUAGACCUAAUCUCAUAUUCCAUCAAUUUCAAGGCAAAAUAUAUAUGCCCCUCGAAAACUAUGUCAAGUUGGUUGAUCAAUCCCUGCAAUCCCAUGUCGAACAAAACUUACAUCUUGAACAAUUUAUCCUUGUGUAUCAAGAUCGAGAAUUGGAUUCUCACUUGGAUCAUUGGAUUGAAUUGGCAGUUAAACUUAACGUCAGAGUGCUGGAGAUUUAUGCUUCCUUUUUAAGAUCAUAUAGCUUACCUGAUGUUAUUUAUGAUGCUAAAAAGCUGAAAACAUUGUCGUUACGCAGGUGCAAGUUUGAAUUUGAUAUUAGCACCACUAACAUAAGAUUUAGUUGUCUUGAGGAUCUUUAUUUGUAUUAUGUUCAUAUUUCUGAUGCCCAAUUGCAAAGAAUUAUCCAUAGAUCCCCGUUCAUCAGGACUCUAACCCUAUUUGCGUGCAGAGGAAUAAACAAAUUGCAAGUUUGUUGCCCAGUACAUCUGGAGAAUUUGAUUGUUGUAUGCUGCGAAUUCGAUAGUGUGAUACUCCAAGCCCCGAAUCUUAAAUACUUUGAAUAUGACGAGCAUACUGAUUGUCCUUGCAAAAUUGCUGUUUUGGAUGGUUACAAUACUUUACAAACACUCAAGCUCACCGGUGCCAGCAUCACAGACCAAUAG